UUUCGAGGAUCUAAUCUCUCACUAAUUUUUUAAUUAAAUUCAUAAAAUGGCCAGUCCUUACCUUCCAAUUCCGUUUAAAACACCAUUUAACGUCGAUUUUAGUAAAGGCAACACAUUAAUAACAUUUUUGGGCGAUAUUCCUGAAAAAUCAAAUAGCUUUAAAAUUGUACUCCAAGCAGAAAAUGAAGGUAAUGUCGGACUAUAUUUUGAACCAAAUAUGGAAGCUGGAUUUAUUGUUAGGAAAUCAUCCAAAGGUGGUUCUUGGAUAGAAGAAGAAAAAUCAGGACCUUGUCCCCUGAAAGCUGGAGAUCCUUUUGAAAUUAUGAUAUUAAUUGAAAAAGAUGAAUUUGAAAUCGCCGUAAAUGGGCAACCUUUUACCAAAUACAAACAUAACAUCGAACCCAAAGAUCUCAAAUUCGUUAAAGUGGAAGGUGAUAUACACUUAGCCGGAGUCAAUUUCUUCAAUGAGACGAUCGACGAGGACGACUCGAAUAAUUUCCGACCAUCCUCUAAACCCAUUCAUACCGAAGGACGGGGAAGUACCGAGGGACCCAUUACAUCUUCAAAAGCUCAACCUGUCAAAGGCGAGAAUCUUUAUGGGGAUUACUAUGGAGAGGGUGACAAGAAGACUGAAGGUGAGGCAUGGAAAGACCCCUUGGCAUCUGGUGGUGGGGGUGGUUCAGGAAAGCCAGCUUAUAAAGUUGAAGAACCUGGAUCUGACGAAGAAGGUGAAACAAACUACAACAGACCUCAAGGCGGGGGUGGUUAUGGUGAAAAUAUGGGAGGCCAAGGUGGUGGAUUAGGUAAUCUGGCCGGGCUUUUUGGAUCUGGAGGCCAAGGCGGAGGGGGUGGUUUGGGUGCUCUAGCCGGACUUUUAUCAGGAGGCGGACAAGGAGGAGGUGGUCAAAAUAUUCCCCAAACCUUUCCUGGUAGAAAGAGCAAAUUUGAUUUCGCUAAUGGAUCAGGGCUUGCGGGAGCAGCUGCCACUGCAAUUGGUGCUUAUGCCAUGAACCGCCUACUUAACAACCGAAAUAACAUGGGAGGAGGUGGUAUGGGUGGUGGUGGUGGAGGAAUGGGUGGCUUAUCAGGACUCUUUGGAAGCGGAGGUGGUGGUGGAGGGGCUGGUAAUCCAUUGGCAAAUAUGAUUUUAGGAGCUGUGGGCAGUGCGGCUGGUAGUAAAAUGGGUUACGACAUAACCAAUCAAAUCCCUGGCAUGAAUAAGCUGUCUCAGAGUGGAGUACCCACGGGGAUGAUAGGGAGUUUCAUAGGCAGCCUUAUGGGUAACAAGCUGGUGAGACAAUGAGGAUUUAAAUAUGUAUAAUCACUAUUGAUAUUUAUAACCUAGGGAAUAUUAUAGAUUGAUAUUUCUAUUUAAAAAAAUGUUAUUAUAAUAAAUUAAAUUUCGGUGAUAUUUCGCUAUAUAAUUUAAUCAAUGACGCUUAUUACGAAAAUUAUAUGUUUUAUCUUAGUAAAAAUAUAUUUAUUAGUAAAUAAUUUAUAUUUAUUGUUUAUAAUAUUUACUUUAUUAUAAAUUUAAUAUAUUAACAAUAAAUUAUAAUCUUAUAAUGUAUAUAAUAAAAUUUUACAAAUCA